AUGGAAACUUCAAGCACGCCAGCACCACGCCCAGGCACGCUUAGGCCCAAUGUUCCCUGGACUUCACUUGCUCUUCAACAAAAACAGGAUUCGGAUGUUGUAGCUUCAUCUCAUAUGGAAUCAAUUGUCGCCGUCACUGGACAUAAAAGCACUGCCGUUAAAGGACAGAUGAGCGAUACCCACGGUGAACAAAGUCAGAAUACUGAUGAGGAAAUUGUGCAGACACCGUCUACGGAACCACAUACGACUUUGAUUGAUUCGGGCUUCACUAAAAAUGUUACAAGCAAACCGGCUCAAGAUACUCUUAUGAAAAAAAUUAGUCUACUGCAACAGAGAAUAAAUGUUCUUACUGAAGCAAGGGACACUGGAAUAGCUAAAGAUGAUGUUCACGACGAAAUAAAAAAKCUACGCAAAGAGUUGAAAGAAGAAGAAAAAUGUUUAAAGAAAAAAAGAGACUCUGCUAAACGUGCAAAAAAGUUUCGAGCCAAAGAAAAACUGGAGAAAACUGAACAAUCGAACACCGUGAAGCCAGUGAUCAUCAUCCUUGUAGAUGGUGGGCCGGACGAAAGCAUUUUAAAAAAUACAACUUGGACGCCCUGUUUAUAG